AGCUUUGGCUUAGCCACGCCUACUUCCGGACAGGUCAGGCCGAGGUCUCAGCCACAUGACUGUGUUCCGGCUCGGCAAAGAUGGCGGCGCCCAGGGAGGUAUCGUGAAACUUGGUGGAAGACGCUGUCCAGUCGUGUUGGAAUCAAAACAGCGGGGACCCUGCGCCAUGUCGCGACUGAUCGUGAAGAAUCUCCCGAAUGGGAUGAAGGAGGAGUGUUUCAGGCAGCUGUUUGCCGCCUUUGGCACGCUGACAGACUGCAGCCUGAAGUUCACCAAAGAUGGCAAGUUCCGCAAGUUUGGUUUUAUUGGCUUCAAGUCCGAGGAAGAGGCCCAAAAGGCACUGAAGCAUUUCAACAAGAGCUUCAUCGACACAUCCCGGAUCACAGUGGAGCUCUGCAAGUCAUUCGGGGACCCGGCCAAACCCAGAGCCUGGAGCAAACAUGCCCAGAAACCAAGCCAGCCCAAGCAGCCUCCAAAAGACUCUACUACUCCAGAAAUUAAGAAAGAUGAGAAGAAGAAAAAGGUGGCAGGUCAACUGGAGAAGCUGAAGGAGGAUACAGAGUUCCAGGAGUUUCUGUCAGUUCAUCAGAGGCGGACGCAGGCAGCCACUUGGGCGAACGAUGGCCUGGAUGCUGAGCCUUCGAAAGGGAAGAGCAAGCCAGCCAGUGACUACCUGAACUUCGACUCCGAUUCUGGGCAGGAGAGUGAGGAGGGAGCCGGGGAGGACCUGGAAGAAGAGGCAAGCCUCGAACCGAAGGCAGCUGUGCAGAAGGAGCUGUCGGACAUGGAUUACCUGAAAUCCAAGAUGGUGAAGGCCGGGUCGUCCUCUUCCUCGGAGGAAGAGGAAAGUGAAGAUGAAGCCGUGCACUGUGAUGAAGGGAGUGAGGCCGAGGAAGAGGAUUCCACCGCCACCCCAAUCCUGCAGGAAAGAGACAGCAAGGGUGCAGGCCAAGAGCAAGGGAUGCCAGCUGGGAAAAAGAGGCCACCGGAGGCCAGAGCCGAGAUAGAGAAACCAGCAAACCAGAAGGAACCCACCACCUGCCACACCGUGAAGCUGCGGGGAGCCCCAUUCAAUGUCACAGAGAAAAAUGUUAUGGAAUUCCUGGCACCCCUGAAACCAGUGGCCAUUCGAAUUGUGAGAAACGCUCAUGGGAAUAAAACAGGAUACAUCUUUGUGGAUUUCAGCAAUGAAGAGGAAGUGAAGCAAGCUCUGAAAUGCAACCGGGAGUACAUGGGUGGGCGCUACAUCGAGGUGUUCAGGGAAAAGAACAUCCCCACCACCAAGGGUGCACCAAAGAAUACCACCAAAUCCUGGCAAGGCCGGAUACUCAGAGAGAACGAAGAGGAGGAGGACCUGGCCGAGUCCGGAAGGCUAUUUGUACGGAACCUGCCCUACACCAGCACCGAGGAGGAUCUGGAGAAGCUCUUCUCCAAAUACGGUCCCCUCUCUGAGCUCCACUACCCCAUCGACAGCCUGACCAAGAAACCCAAGGGUUUUGGAUUUGUCACCUUCAUGUUCCCUGAGCACGCUGUGAAGGCCUACUCGGAGGUGGACGGGCAGGUAUUCCAGGGCAGGAUGCUCCACGUGUUACCAUCUACCAUCAAGAAGGAAGCCAGCGAGGACGCCAGUGCCCUGGGAUCAUCGUCCUACAAGAAGAAGAAAGAGGCCCAGGACAAAGCCAACAGUGCCAGCUCUCACAACUGGAACACGCUAUUUAUGGGGCCAAAUGCCGUGGCCGAUGCCAUCGCACAGAAGUACAACGCCACUAAGAGUCAAGUAUUUGACCACGAGACCAAGGGCAGUGUGGCCGUGCGCGUGGCUCUGGGGGAGACCCAGCUCGUCCAGGAAGUGCGGCGCUUUCUCAUAGACAACGGGGUCAGCCUGGAUUCCUUCAGCCAGGCUGCAGCAGAGCGAAGCAAGACUGUGAUUCUGGUCAAGAACCUCCCGGCAGGCACCCUGGCGGCCGAGCUGCAGGAGACCUUCGGCCGUUUUGGCAGCCUGGGCCGCGUGCUGCUGCCAGAGGGUGGAAUCACUGCCAUCGUGGAGUUCCUGGAGCCCCUGGAGGCCCGCAAGGCCUUCAGGCAUCUGGCCUAUUCCAAGUUCCAUCAUGUCCCCCUCUAUCUGGAGUGGGCUCCAGUUGGCGUCUUCUCCAGUGCAGCCCCACAGAAGAAAAAGCUCCAAGACGCUCCUUCAGAACCCAUGGAAAAGGACCCAGCAGAGCCAGAAACAGUGCCCGAUGGCGAAACCCCAGAAGAUGAAAAUCCAACAGAGGAAGGAGCAGACAACUCUUCAGCAAAGAUGGAAGAGGAGGAGGAGGAAGAGGAAGAAGAAGAAGACAGCCUCCCAGGAUGUACUCUGUUUAUUAAGAAUCUCAAUUUUGACACAACAGAAGAGAAGCUGAAGGAAGUGUUCUCAAAAGCGGGGACAGUGAAGAGCUGCUCUAUCUCCAAGAAGAAGAACAAAGCAGGAGCGCUGCUUUCCAUGGGGUUUGGAUUUGUGGAAUACAGGAACCCGGAGCAAGCCCAGAAAGCUCUCAAGCAGCUCCAGGGUCACAUCGUGGACGGCCACAAGCUGGAAGUGAGGAUCUCGGAACGAGCCACUAAGCCAGCCGUGACAUUGGCUCGGAAGAAACAAGUUCCCAGAAAGCAGACCACCUCCAAGAUCCUGGUGCGGAACAUCCCCUUCCAGGCCCACAGCCGGGAGAUCCGAGAGCUCUUCAGCACCUUCGGGGAGUUGAAGACGGUCCGCCUGCCAAAGAAGAUGACUGGGACAGGCACACACAGAGGCUUCGGCUUUGUGGACUUCCUCACCAAGCAGGAUGCGAAGAGAGCCUUCAACGCCCUGUGUCACAGCACCCACUUGUACGGCCGGAGGCUGGUGCUGGAGUGGGCCGACUCCGAGGUGACCCUGCAGGCCCUGCGGCGGAAGACGGCUGCGCACUUUCACGAGCCCCCGAAGAAAAAGCGGUCUGUGGUGUUGGACGAGAUCCUGGAGCAGCUGGAAGGCAGUGACAGCGACAGCGAGGAGCAGACCCUUCAGCUGUGAGCUGGCACCGAGAGGGGCUGCUGAGCUAGAAUUCCCACCUAUGUCUUUCCAAGGGACUGUUCACGGCUUGGGACUUGGUCUCUGUCCUGCCCCAUCCUCAUCACUUGGGACCACAAGCCCUGGUUCAGUCACCCAGGGAAGCCUCCCAGCGGCUCAUGAAGCAUCGAGCUCCAAGCCCAGAUGCCAAGCUCCCUGUCUGAGCUGAAUGAUGUCACUCAUGGUGGCCGCAUUCUGCUCAUGGGCCCAGAGCCCUGUGAAAUGCAUCAAGGUCCUCUCCGCUGGCCAACAGCAUCCCCAGGCUUCUCUGGGGCGCCUGUGUUCACAUUUUCUCCAGCCUGAGACGCAGCCUCCUGCCUGGAAGGACCUGUGCCAGCACCAGCCAGAGGGCAAGAUGGAGAGGGCAGAGCAAGAACUGCACUGCAUCUCACUGUGGUCUGAAUCCAGACAUCGCCAUUCCCGAGGUGCGACCUCAGACUAAUGAUGUCCUGUCUGAGCCUCCGUUUUUCUCUCUAGGAAAUGGGGGUGAUAAUUGUGCCUACCUCAGAUAGACAGUGCCAGAAUUAAGUGAGUCAAGCCAAGUAAAGCCCAGAGAAGAUUCUCAUCA